AUGCCUCGCCCUACCACCCGUCAAGAAGUCCUAUCCAGACUCCGCAAGACCAUCGCCGAUGGCUCAAUCAUCGUCGGAGCCGGAGCUGGAAUUGGCCUUUCUGCCAAAUUCAUCGAAAAGGGCGGAAGUGAUCUGAUCCUCAUCUACAAUUCGGGCCGAUUCCGCAUGGCGGGUCGCGGGUCGUUGGCGGGGAUGAUGCCGUAUUCUGAUGCUAAUCAGGUUGUUGUUGAUAUGGCCAGUGAAGUCCUCCCCGUCGUGGAAAACACGCCCGUCCUCGCCGGCGUAUGCGGGACAGAUCCCUUCCGCACGAUGCCCGAAUUCCUCCAACAGCUCAAGACAAUCGGGUUCGUUGGCGUUCAGAACUUCCCCACGGUAGGCCUCAUCGACGGCAACUUCCGCAAGAACCUCGAAGAAACCGGCAUGGGGUACGACAAGGAAGUCGAGAUGAUCCGCAUCGCACACGAGAUGGACCUCGUCACGACGCCGUACGUGUUUACGGUUGACGAGGGCGAGCGGAUGGCGCGUGCCGGUGCGGACGUUAUUGUCGUGCAUGUUGGAUUGACGACGUCCGGGACGAUUGGGGCGCAGACGGCGCUGUCGUUGGAGGAUUCUGUUACGAUUGUGCAGGAGAUUCGGGAUGCGGUGGUGAAGAUUAACCCCGAGGUGAUUGUGUUGUGUCAUGGGGGUCCGAUUGCUGAGCCUUCGGAUGCUGAGUUUGUCUUGAGUAGGACGAAGGGGGUGCAUGGCUUCUUUGGGGCGAGUAGUAUGGAGAGAUUGCCGGUGGAAGUUGCUAUCCAGGAGAAUGCGCGGGCAUUUAAGCAGUUGAAGAUUAACUGA